GUCGUUCUUCAACAGUACAACUUUCAGCACGGAUUACGAAGGAGCUCAGUAAGUUCGCGAGCACGCCGCGAAGUAAGCGCGAUCUAUUCUUCACGGAGCAACAAGAACAUUGCGCUAAUCGCAGGCAAUCAAAGGAUUAAAUCGGACGUGUGGAGCAUCGACAUCAGUUUUAUGGAAACAUUCGAUUCAACGAUAUUAAAAUGUUCGUACAGUUUUCUCAAUAAACAACAACUGUCUUAUAAACUCGCGGAUUUGCAUAUGGCAAUUCUUAUUUGCUUGGAGAUGUGAAGUUAAUGCAAGACUUCUGUAGGAAAAUGAUGUGCUGCGGUAAAAUAAUAGACCGCCAAGUCAAUUUACGAGAUUUAUGAAUCUGCUGUGUGCAGUAGACGAGAGAAGAAGGGAGAUAAUUAUAGCGAACUCGUAAAAAAUGCGAUAAUAUGCAGCAUUUCGCUUAGUUACGACCGCUGACGUUCGCAAAACAAAAACGCAUAUCAAGAUUACUUUGUAAAUUGAAUUUGCGCAGUUUAUUACAUGUUUUACUAUUCGCAACCAUGGAGGAAAAAAUAACGAAGUCGGAAAUACAAUCCUUCUUCACAGGCAAAACCAUCUUUAUCACUGGUGCUUCCGGUUUCAUGGGUAAAGUUCUCUUGGAGAAAUUGCUGUAUCACUGUUCCGAUCUUGACAAUAUCUACGUUCUCAUGCGAACCAAGAGAGGCCGCAGUGUCGAAACUCGGCUCGACGACAUGUUCAAAUUGCCUCUGUUUCAAAGACUGCGGAAUGAGAAACCUCAGCUUUUUAAAAAAGUGAUAUCACUGAAUGGCGACGUAUGUUUGCCCAAUUUAGGCCUUACUGAUGGACAGCGUGAACUUUUAAUAAACGAGGUACACGUGGUAUUCCAUUUCGCCGCGACACUUCGAUUGGAAGCGAAAUUGAAAGAUGCCAUCGAAAUGAACACGACAGGUACAAAAAAAAUACUGGACCUGGCAAAAGAAAUGAAGCAUCUAAAAUCCUUCGUGCAUUUAAGCACGGCCUUCUGUCACGUCGACCAAGAGGAACUCGGUGAGCGUACCUACGACUCGUCCGAUGAUCCUCAAGAUAUCAUGAGGCUUGUUCAGUGGUUAGACGACGAGAGUAUCGAUCUUAUUACGCCCAAAUUACUGCAUCCGCAUCCAAAUACUUACACGUAUUCGAAACGUUUGGCUGAAACACUGGUGACCAACGAAUACCCCAAUUUACCUUGCUGCAUCGCUAGACCAUCGAUCGUAAUACCUAGUUAUGCGGAACCGAUGCCAGGGUGGGUCGACAAUUUGAACGGACCAACAGGCUUGCUCAUCGGUGCGGGCAAAGGUGUCAUCAGAUCAAUGCAUUGCAACGGUAAUUAUCAUGCCGAAGUUGUACCAGUCGAUCUCGCAAUUAAUGCUGUAAUUGGGAUUGCAUACAAACUUGCUACCGACCUGUUGAAAUCGAAAACUAUACCCGUAUUCAAUAUAACGCAAGGCAAUGUGAGACCGAUCACAUGGGCAGAAAUAUUAGAAAAGGGCAGAAAUGCUCUUCAUGCAUAUCCUUUCGAGGGACAAAUUUGGUAUCCAGACGGCGAUAUACGUAGUAGCAAAUUUGUGCACAAUCUUUUCGUCUUCUUCUUUCAUAUUAUCCCUGCAUAUUUGAUUGACUUUCUGAUGUUAAUAUUUCGACAGAAAAGAUUUAUGGUCAGAAUCCAAAAGCGAAUCUCAGAUGGCCUCGAGGUGUUGCAAUAUUUUACUACAAGGGAGUGGAUAUUUUAUAACGAUAAAAUCAUUAAAAUGAACCACGAAUUAUCGAAAGCAGACAAGGAAAUAUUUCGAAUUAUUAUUAACGAUAUUGAUAUAAAUGAGUACCUCAAAAACAUUGUCCUUGGCGCACGGCAGUAUUGUAUGAAAGAGGAUCUGUCUACUCUGCCGAAAGCUCGUCGGCAUCAAAAAAUAAUGUACGUUGUCCAUGUUACAGCAGUAUAUUUAUUCUACUUUGGCUUAUUAUAUUUUAUUUACAACAAUGUUGGGAUAGUAAAAGUCUGCCUGGAUUCUCUCACCGACGUAAUAAAAUCACUACCGGUCGUAGGCGGAUUACUAACGAAGAUGCAUCUCUAAGAACGUACUUAUACACAUUCGACGUUUAUUGCGUUAUACACAUAUGGAAUUCGACGAGUCGACGAGGAAUGGUUAGUGCCUCUGACGAUGUUCUAUAUUGCGUCUCUCAUUUGAACCGCUUGUAAUUCCGGGCAUAAAUUAUGAGGUGGAAGGCAAUUUCAACAUACCGUCCAUAUAGAAAUAUUGUUGAUAUUAGCUAUAAAUUCAAUAUACUUAGAGACUAGAUCGUAUCGCAGGUGUUUGUAAAAACUAACUAUCUAAAUCAGUUUUAAACUCUCAAUCAAAACGUAAGCUUUUAGGAAAUUUCGAUAGAAUGACACGUAAUAUAAGAUACGUAAUGUAAAAUACGUAAUGUAAGGUAGGUAAUGUAAGUGCUUUUCUGUAGUGUAAUGUAUAGAUUUUAUUGAAAAAUAUCGCUACAUUGUUCGAUACAUAUGUACAAGCAUAUUUAAUGGAAUAAAGGUUUAUAUGCGCAUAAAAAUAUUAUUUGAAAAUAAAAGAUUUAUUAUGCAUUAA